GGCAUGGGCGCCAAAAUUGUAACCAUUUCCCGCGCUAUCUUGAAAACCCUUUAGCGCCGCACUGAACUCUGAAAUCUGAAUUCUCAGAUCACACUCGCAAUUCACAGAGCGAGAAAAGAGAGAUAGCAAACAGCAAUGGCGGACGCGGAGCCUGUAAGCGGGAGGCGAAGGCCGAGGGGACCAGAGGCCACCGCCCGCAGCGAAGCCCUGGAGCGUCUCAAGGCGCGCCUACGCGGCGGUCGCCGAUCCGACGACACCGGCCCCCAAAUCAGGUUAGAAAACCCUGUCUACGACACCGUCCCCGAGGACGAGUACAACGCCCUCGUCGCCAAGCGCCGCGAACAGGCGCGCUCCUUCAUCGUCGACGAUGAAGGACUUGGCUACGGCGACGAGGGCGAGGAAGAGGACUGGUCGCAGGCCGGAUUCAACCUUUCCGACGACGAAUCCGAAGGCGAAUCGGAGAGGCCCAAACGGAAGAAGGUCGAGAAGAAGGACCCCCAGCCGAAACGGCCUUCUUCUUCGCUCUCCGCCGCCGCCGCCAUGAUGGGCGGCCAGAGACUCUCCUCCAUGUUCACUUCCUCCGUUUUCAAGAAGAGCAGAGAUGACAAAGCCUCCGAAAGCAUCGUCGACGAUGUGAUUGCGGAGUUUGCUCCGGAUGAGACUGAUAGACUCAGGCGUAGAAAGGCUCAAACGAUUUCAUCCAAUGUCGGAUGCAGGGUUAGGGAUAAGCCUUCUGCUGAUUAUUUGAACGCAGCUUCUUUGUUUCCGCCAAGUGCCAAUGCUGAGUCUGUUAAAGUUGUUGUUGAGAGUAACGAUUUUGACUCGGGGUUAGAGCAGAAGUGCGAUGUGGUUAGUGAAGUUCAAGAGUUGGCUUGUGGAAAUGGACAGGGACCAAUGGUGGAAAUGGAACACGAUGAUUGCAAAAUUAACGAGGGUGUAGUUGAGGAGAAAGAGGUGAAGAACGUUGAAAUUGAAGUUAAAACGGGUGCGAAAAAGGAGGUGUUCUCUUUGAAUGCGAAGGUUAAAGAUGAGGAAGAUCCAGCACUGUCUGCGACUGCGGGUUGGAAGGAAGCGAUAAACGGUGCUGGUGGGGUCAACGCUGCUGAUUCGAAGGAUGCUUUGCAGAACCAACAACAAUCGGAGUUUGAUUUGGAGGAAGAUGGGUCAUUGCCUUUCUAUAUAUUAGAUGCCUAUGAGGAGUUUUAUGGGGAAAAUAGGGGUACCCUUUAUCUGUUUGGGAAGGUCAAAACAGGGUGUUUCUAUCAGAGUUGCUGUGUUAUUGUGAAAAACAUGCAGAGGUGUGUCUAUGCAGUUCUAAGCCAUCCUUUGCAUCGCACUGAAGAGAUGAGGAGUCUCGAGAGAGAUGUCCAAGAGUCUCGUGUUUCUUCUGCAGACUUCUUUAAAAAGCUGCAGGACAUGGUGUCUGAUGUUAAGAAUGAGAUAGCACAGCAUCUGGUGAAUUUGGAAGUUUCUAACUUUAGCAUGGCGCCUGUUAAGAGGAAAUAUGCAUUUGAACGAUCUGAAAUACCUGCAGGUGAAAAUUAUGUGGUGAAAAUCAAUUAUUCAUUUAAGGAUCCAGUACUUCCAGGAGAUCUCAAAGGAGAAAAUUUUUGUGCUCUCUUAGGAACAGGUUGCAGUGCGCUCGAGCUUUUCCUGAUUAAAAGAAAGAUAAAGGGGCCUUCAUGGUUACAGGUUUCAAAGUUUUCUACAAGUCAAAGGGUUAGCUGGUGCAAAUUUGAAGUGACCGUUGACUCUCCUAAAGACAUAAAGAGUUCAGCUCCUUCAAAAAUCACUUCUAAGAUUCCUCCUGUGGUUGUUGCAGCGAUGAGCUUGAAAACAAUCAUAAAUGAAAAACAGAACACAAAUGAGAUUGUAUCGGCAUCCAUUAUAUGUUGCAAUAUGGUUAAGAUUGACACUCCUAUGUUGGCUUCAGAGUGGAAGAGGCCUGGAAGGCUGACCCAUUUUACUGUUAUUCGUAAACUUGAUGGGAAUAUAUUUCCGAUGGGAUUCAAUAAGGAGGUUACGGACAAAAACUUAAAAGCUGGUUCAAAUGUUCUGUGUGCUGAAAGCAGUGAAAGAGCAUUGUUAAAUCGCUUGAUGUUAGAAUUACACAAGUUGGAUAGUGAUGUUCUUGUUGGACAUAAUAUUUCUGGAUUUGACCUGGAUGUUCUUCUCCACAGAUGCCAGAUGCAGGCUCUCAAAGUAGGAAGCAACACGUGGUCUAGACUAGGCCGCCUCAACCGUUCUAAAAUGCCUAAACUUGGAAGAAGAGGCAAGACUUUUGGUGCUGGAGCAGAUCCUGGUAUCAUGUCUUGCCUUGCUGGUCGGCUUCUUUGUGAUACCUACUUGUGUUCCCGGGACCUAUUAAAGGAGGUUAGUUAUUCUUUAACUCACCUUGCAAAAUCACAUCUGAACAAGUUUCGGAAGGAAGUUGCUCCACAUGAAGUUCCAAAAAUGUUCCAAGCAGCAGAAUCCCUAAUGGAACUUAUUGAAUACGGUGAAACAGAUGCGUGGUUGUCUAUGGAACUCAUGUUUUAUUUAAGUAUUCUUCCGCUCACACGUCAGCUAACUAAUAUAAGUGGUAAUCUUUGGGGAAAAACUCUUCAGGGUGGUCGAGCACAGAGAGUGGAGUAUCUUUUGCUGCAUACUUUUCAUUCAAUGAAAUAUAUGGUGCCAGACAAGUUCUCAAACCAUGCAAAAGAAACAAAAUUGACGAAACGCAAAGUCACUAAUGAUGUUGAGGAUAGCAACUUUGAUGUAGAUAUUGACGAUGCAAACUAUGACAAUGAUGCUUCUGAAGCUGAUCAUAAGAAAAGCAAAAAGGGUCCUUCUUAUGCCGGGGGAUUGGUUUUGGAGCCAAAGAAGGGUCUAUAUGACAAAUAUAUAUUGCUUCUGGACUUCAACAGUCUUUAUCCUUCUAUUAUUCAGGAAUACAAUAUUUGCUUCACAACUGUUGAAAGAUCUUCGGACGAAUCUUUUCCUCGUCUACCAUCUAGUAAAACAACUGGAGUCUUGCCAGAGGUGCUGAAAAAUUUGGUCGAGCGGAGGAAGAAGGUAAAGUCGUGGAUAAAGAAUGAAAAAAAGAAGAAUGAAAAAGCUGAUCCUAUUAGAGUUCAGCAACUGGAUAUUCAACAGCAAGCACUGAAACUUACUGCAAACAGUAUGUAUGGGUGCCUGGGAUUUUCCAAUUCAAGAUUCUAUGCUAAGCCGUUAGCCGAGCUCAUAACACUACAAGGAAGGGAGAUACUACAGAGUACUGUUGAUCUUGUUCAGAAUAACUUGAAUUUAGAGGUUAUCUAUGGCGAUACUGAUUCAAUAAUGAUUUACAGCGGGCUAGAUGAUAUUGAGGAAGCAAAUAAAAUUGCUGCAAGAGUUAUUCAAGAGGUCAACAAGAAAUAUAAAUGCUUGGAAAUUGAUCUUGAUGGUUUAUACAAAAGGAUGUUGCUUCUUAAGAAAAAGAAGUAUGCAGCUGUAAAGUUGAUGUUUAGAGAUCGCACCCCAUACGAGGUUAUUGAACGUAAAGGUCUUGACAUUGUUCGUCGUGACUGGAGUUUGUUAGCUAAAGAAUUAGGAGAUUUUUGCUUGACUCAAAUUUUGUCGGGAGGGUCAUGUGAAGAUGUCGUGGAGUCAAUCCACAACUCUCUCACGAAGGUACAAGAAGAAAUGAGGAACGGACAAGUACCAUUAGAGAAAUAUGUUAUUACAAAGACAUUGACCAAACCUCCUGAAGCUUACCCCGAUGCCAAGAACCAGCCACAUGUUCUUGUGGCACAAAGAUUGAGGCAACUAGGUUACUCUUCUGGCUGCUCUGUUGGUGAUACAAUCCCUUAUAUAAUUUGCUAUGAGCAGGGUGGUGCUUCAGGCAGUGCAGCUGGCAUUGCACAACGUGCCCGACAUCCUGAUGAACUUAAACAAGAACAAGGGACUUGGUUGAUUGACAUUGAUUACUAUUUAUCACAACAGAUCCAUCCUGUGGUAUCCCGUCUUUGUGCAUCAAUUCAGGGCACAAGCCCAGAAAGACUGGCUAAUUGUUUAGGGCUUGACUCGUCAAAGUAUCAUCAUAAAUCAAGUGAAGCUUUAAAUGAUGAUUCUAUAAACUCACUUUUGUUGGUUGCUGAUGAUGAGGAAAGGUAUCGAAGAUGUGAGCCGUUGAUCUUGACAUGCCCCAGCUGCUUUGGUACAUUUGACUGUCCACCCGUCUUUAAAUCUAUUUGUUGUUUGUUGGGAAGUGAAAAACCAGCUGGUGUAAUUUCGGAGGAAUCUGACUACAAUUUCUGGCGUAAGCUGUGCUGUCCUAAAUGCCCAGAAGAUGUUAAAAUUUCUCCUGCAAUGAUAUCUAAUCAGGUCAAAAGGCAAGCAGAGAGGUUUGUUUUAAUGUACUAUAGAGGUUUACUAAUGUGUGACGAUGAAACGUGCAAGCAUACGACGCGAAGUAUCAGCCUUCGGUUGGUUGGUGAUUCUGAGAGAGGAACUGUAUGUCCAAAUUAUCCUCGCUGCAACGGGCGAUUACUGAGACAGUACACGGAAGCAGACUUGUACAGGCAGCUUUCAUAUUUUUGCCAUGUGUUCGAUACUGUUUCUUGCAUAGAAAAGAUGGAGACAAAAUCCAGAAUACCAAUAGAGAAGGAGUUGAUAAAAAUUAGGCCGAUGAUUGAUAUGGCAGCAUCAACAGCACAGAAGAUCAGGGACCGUUGUGCCUUUGGGUGGGUGAGGCUGCAAGAUCUGGUCAUUGCAGUUUAAUUUGUAUUUUUGGUGCCAAAUUCGGUUUGUGUAGUGUAAACCAGACAUUGUCAUUGAUGUGUCAAUGCGGGCUAAAAGGAUGUAAUCGUUAAGAAAAAGUUUUGGUCAAAGUUCGAAGGAUCAAUAAGCCUACUGGAUCAGUAUCUGUUUGAAUUGAGGAAGUUUGUUGAUCAAAUCAUGAGCAUGAAGGUGUAUUUCAUUUGUUUUAUAAGAAACGUGGGAGAAUGAAUGAUCGGAAAGCAAGAAAGUGUAUUUCAAUUGUCUA